AUGCGUGGUGCCCGACCCCUGUAUGGAGGGGUGCUUCAUCAGCUCACCCCCAGAGUAUUUACUCAGCCGUCUGCCCUCAGUCUCCAAGGAGGCUUUGCAAAAGUUUCCGUGGUUGCAUGGUAUGAUACACAAGAAAUACCACUGAAUAAAGCGCCAGAGAAUGAAGCUCUUUCUCCCACACGUGUCACACAGAGGAUAUUUUUCAUAAUGAUUUAUCCAACAAGUAACUGAACAGUCUUGCCAGGGGUCUUGAGUCUAGAAUAUCUGGAAGAGCCGCAUACAGGGUAGAACCUGAUUGUAAGCAUCCCCAGAGACAUAAAUUGCCUGAGGCAUAUGAAGGUCCCCUACUUGGAUCAGGAUCACAUACAAGAUAUAUGCAAAGAACUGGGGGAGAUGAAAUCUCCUCUGAGCUUAGAUGUAACAAUCCCCUCUCUUGUAGUUUGCAGCAAGCUGUAGUCCCUUUGUCAGCUCAGGCUUAACAAAGCAAACUGUCAUGAAAUUCCAGUGCAGAUCUGUGGAUACCUCUAUCACAUUGAACUGCUUGCUUCUGACAAUCAUCUCAAGUGUCUGCCUAAAGAAAGAGUUAACCUAAAAAAAAAAAAAUCAAGGAAAUUUACCUCCAGAAAAAGAUUUGAAAGUUUUCCCAAGGAGCUUUGUCAUAUUGCUAAUUCAGAAAUAAUAGAUCUAAAGCAAAAUAUAAUCAGUGUCAUCACAGAAGAGGGAGGCUUUUUGACAAACCCAGUUAAGCCACUUUUAGCUUUUAAACUUACCCCCAUUCCUCCUUCACUGCAGCACUGCCAGAAGCUUGCUAUGCUGGAUCUGUCUCAUAAUCUCCUGCACAAGCUUCCCCCAGGUUUGAAGAAUCUCACUGAAAUGACUGCUCAAACUGCUUGCAGCCUGAAGAAGUUCCCACCAGAUCUGCUGCUGCUUGUCCCUUUCUGUGUUUAUAUAAAUGACAACUCCCUUGAUGGUAUUCCUAAAGGAAUAUGCACUAUGAAAAACGUGGAAGUAUUGGCCCUGGAUGACAAUCAGAUACAGGAGUUGUUUGGUCCUUUGUUUUAA